AGUCCAUCCUGAAGGGGCGCUUUGCCCCCUCGGGCCGGAUCGAGGGCUUCACCGCUGAGAUCGGGGCCAGCGGCUCCUGCUGCAGGGCGCCCGGCGGCCGGGGGCAGGGCUGGCCUCUGCCCCGCAGCGAUGCGCCUCCAGCCUGCCCAUGAACACCAUGGUGCUCUUCGUGCCCCAGCAGGAGGCCUGGGGGGUGGAGCGAAUGGGCAGGUUUCAUCGCAUCCUGGAGCCCGGUUUGAAUUUCCUCAUCCCAGUGCUGGAUCGGAUCCGCUACGUGCAGAGCCUCAAGGAAAUCGUCAUCAAUGUCCCGGAGCAGUCAGCUGUGACCCUGGAUAAUGUCACCCUGCAGAUAGAUGGUGUCCUGUAUCUGCGGAUCAUGGACCCCUACAAGGCCAGUUACGGGGUGGAAGACCCUGAGUAUGCAGUGACCCAGCUGGCCCAGACCACCAUGCGGUCGGAGCUGGGCAAACUCUCCCUGGACAAAGUCUUCCGGGAGCGGGAGUCCCUCAACGCCAGCAUCGUGGACGCCAUCAACCAGGCCUCCGACUACUGGGGCAUCCGGUGCCUGCGCUACGAGAUCAAGGACAUCCACGUGCCCCCACGGGUGAAGGAGUCCAUGCAGAUGCAGGUGGAGGCCGAGAGACGGAAACGGGCGACGGUGCUGGAAUCAGAGGGGACCAGGGAAUCUGACAUCAACGUGGCCGAGGGGCGGAAGCAGGCCCAGAUCCUGGCCUCGGAGGCUGAGAAGGCCGAACGGAUCAACAAAGCUGCUGGGGAGGCCAGCGCCAUGCUGGCCAAGGCCAAGGCCAAGGCAGAAGCGAUUCGGCUCCUGGCUGAUGCUCUGAUGCAGCAGAACGGCGACGCGGCCGCCUCCCUGGCCGUGGCGGAGCAGUACGUGAGCGCCUUCUCCAAGCUGGCCAAGGACUCCAACACCGUCCUGCUGCCCUCCAACGCCGGGGACAUCACCAGCAUGGUCACGCAGGCCCUGGGCAUCUACAGUGCUCUGACCAAGCCACACGCUGCCAAGAGCCCGGAAGUGACCCCGCCAGCCCUCGAGGUCCCCCGGCCCCCCCGCACAGAGCUGCCUGAGGUGGACCCACGGAAUUCCAGCUAGCAGACGAGCCCGGAAGACUCGGAUCACUGUGAACAAACUGCUGUGGCAGCACCCGGCGAGGAGCAUGGCACCCCGGCUUCUGCCACGUAGGGAGUGCUGCGGGGCGCCUGCCGGGGGUCACGCCCUGCUGCCCCCCCCACGCCAGUCGGACUCUUCACCCUGUUUUGGUUCUUAUUUUUAUUUGGAUUUAAUCAUGGAAUAAAGGAGAUGGCACCGGUGC